AUGUCCCGCCAAUCCAGCAGCGAGCACGGAGACUUCAACUCCUACCCUGAGCCGCCUCAUGGCUUGUUCGCCUCAUCACAGAUGGACAUGAGCAUUCCUACCAGCUCGUACAUGUUUCCCGCGUCCAUGGGAUUUGAACAGGCCACAACCUACGCCGACGCGACACAGUACGUGUACAACGGCCAGCAAUCACCAGGCGUUUUUGAGGAAGGUGACCUCCAGAUGCCACCCUCCAACCACUCCACAGCCUCGGCCUGUUCUUCCAACGCCGGUUCUCCACUCUCCCACCACGGCCAGAUUGGCGUGAAUCCCGAGUGGACGCAACACGGUCUUGGACUCACACCCAGCAUCGUCCCCAGCGACUUCUACAGUGCUGCCGGGACCGAGUACACGUCCUACACCGCACCAGGUAUGGAGGACUUCACUUUCGAGUUCCCGAGCACCAAGCCACACGGCUUUGUGGACCCAUCCCUGAUCCACCCAGAGAUCAGCCGGCCCGUGGCCAUGCCUGGUUACGAGGCCGCUUACCACCACGCCUAUCCCGCGUCUCCCUCCGCCUCCUCCUCACCUCAGCCCGCCGCCCGCAACGCCAGCCGGUCUCCCUUCCUCCAUGAAGGCUACCAACCGCACUACAGCCCCUACAGUGCGCCUCUGGACGGCCGCAGGCCGAGCAUUCACUCGUUCCAGUCUGGGUACUCCGAGGCCGGCAACGCGUACAGCGGCGACGAGACCAAGGAAAAGCAGCGCUGCCCGCAUCCCGACUGUGGCAAGACGUUCAAGGAUCUCAAGGCGCACAUGUUGACGCACCAGAACGAGCGCCCCGAGAAGUGCCCCAUCCAGACGUGCGACUACCACGUCAAGGGCUUUGCCCGCAAGUACGACAAGAACCGUCACACCCUCACACACUACAAGGGCAACAUGGUCUGCGGCUUCUGCCCCGGCUCCGGCACCCCUGCCGAGAAGUCGUUCAACCGUGCCGAUGUGUUCAAGCGCCACCUCACGGCCGUGCACGGCGUCGAGCAGACGCCUCCCAACAGCCGCAAGAAGACAUCCGGUGCCAACACGGGCAAGAAGCUGACCGGCUACCCGCCCGACGCCACCGGCAAGUGCUCGACCUGCUCGCAGACCUUCUCGAACGCGCAGGACUUCUACGAGCAUCUCGACGACUGCGUGCUGCGCAUCGUGCAGCAGGAGGACCCGUCCGAGGCCAACAACGCGCGGCUGCUCGCCGAGGUGGAGAACGACAAGAAGGUGCACCAGACGCUCGAGCGCAACAACCUCCCGACGCAGACCAUGUUGACGACAAUGCAAGACAACAGCGAUGACGAGGAGGAUGACUUGGACAUGGACGAGGACGACGAGGACGAGGCGUCCAAGGACGAGCUCAGCCUGUCACGCAAGCGCAAGGCGAGCGGCAUGAUCAGCGGCGCCAUCAAGUCCCGCGGCAUGACCCACUCGCGCGGUGGCGUGCCAGGGCGCGUCGGCAAGAGCAAGGGCCGUAAGAGCAAGCAGCAGCGCCCCAAGUCGUGGGACCUCAACAAGGACCUCGUCAAGAUGAAGAAGCGCGUGCUCGGCGUGUUUGACGGUCCUCGCCGCCUGGCCAAGGACGACAUGGUGCUGUCGACGGAGCACGAAGUCCGCAUCAAGCUCCAAGACGGCAAGUCGUACGUCACGGACCUUGACAUGUUCACCGUCAUGCGCGCCGAGGGCUUCCACGGGGCCACGGACGCAGAGAAGGGUGCCUGGGUGUCAGACGACCCGACCCCGGAGCAGUACCAGCAGAUGCAGGCCCUGCUCAAGCAGGAGUCGGUUGAAGCGUGA